AAUCUGAUUUCGUCAGUGUGGAAUUUGUGAGGAAAAAUCAGUAGAGAGAGAGAGAGAGAGAGAGAGAGAGAGAGAGCUUGGGAGGAGUGACAAUGGAGGUUUCGGAUGGGGAGGCUAGCAGUCAGCGGAGGCUAGUGGGUUUGUUGUACGACGAGAGGAUGUGUAAACACCACACCCCCGACGGUGAGCCCCAUCCUGAAAACCCUAAUCGUAUACGAGCAAUUUGGAACAAGCUCCAAUCCGCUGGCAUACAUCAUAGGUGUGUCCUGUUUGAUGCCAAAGAAGCUGAAGAUAAAAGUAUUUUGGCAGUUCAUUCCGUAAAUCAUGUGAACUUGAUUAAGGAUAUAAGCUCCAAUCAGUAUUCCGAAAAAGCCAGAGCCAGGAUUGCGUCUAUGUACAAUUCCAUAUAUUUCAAUGAAGGAUCAUCUGAAGCUGCAUAUCUUGCAGCAGGUUCUGUAAUAGAGGUAACCGAAAAGGUUGCUAAAGGUGAAUUAAAUUCUGGUGUCGCUAUUGUUAGGCCUCCAGGACAUCAUGCUGAACGAGAUGAAGCAAUGGGAUUUUGUCUAUUCAACAAUGUGGCUGUUGCAACCAGUUACCUGUUUAAUGAAAAACCAGAAUUGGGCAUUAACCGGGUUUUAAUUGUUGAUUGGGAUGUUCACCAUGGAAAUGCUACACAAAAGAUGUUUUGGGAAGAUCCUCUUGUUUUAUUCUUCUCUGUUCAUAGGCAUGAGUUUGGGAGCUUUUAUCCUGCUACUGAAGAUGGUUACUAUACUAAGGUUGGAAAAGGACCGGGUGCAGGAUAUAAUAUAAAUGUUCCAUGGGAGAAUGGUCUGUGUGGGGAUGCAGACUAUCUUGCAGUUUGGGACCACAUUUUAAUUCCUGUUGCCAAGGAAUUUAAUCCAGACAUUAUUAUAAUCUCUGCUGGAUUUGAUGCAGCCAUUGGUGAUCCCCUUGGAGGUUGUCGUGUUACACCAUAUGGAUACUCAGUAAUGCUGAAGAAGCUGUUGAAUUUUGCCAAUGGUAAGAUUGUAUUGGCUUUAGAAGGAGGAUACAAUCUCGAGUCCAUAGCAAAUUCAAUGCUUGCUUGUGUUAAAGUUCUCCUAGAAGACAAUCCUAUUCCUGGAUCCUCUGAGGCCUAUCCAUUUGAGUCAACAUGGCGAGUAAUACAAGCGGUUCGCCAGGAAUUGAGUCCUUUCUGGCCUGUUCUUGUAGAUGAACUACCAAAGAAGUUGAUCAGUCAAACAGCACCUACAGUUCCGUAUUAUCUGUCCUCAAGUUCUGAUUCCGAUGUGGAGGAAAACAAAGGUCCAGAUGCUGUAUCUGAAAAUCUUGAAGAUGUUCUUCGUGGUGUUAUAGAGCCCCUCUCAAAGUUAAAAGUUGGUGAAGAUAAAAUGGCAAGCAAUUCCAUGACCUGGAGAUCAGAGCUUUCAAAGAUUCACAUAUGGUAUAGCAGUUUUGGAUCAAAUAUGUGGAGACCAAGAUUCAUGUGCUAUAUUCAAGGUGGGCAGGUGGAAGGCUUGCAAAGACCAUUACCUGGCUGCAUGGAUAAAUCUCCACCGAAGGGGACACUCUGGAAGAUAUUACCAUACCGCAUGUUCUUUGGUCGAAACUUUUCUCGUUCAUGGGGUCCUGGAGGGGUCGCUUUUAUUAAUCCUGAAGUCAACAUCCAUGAAAAAACUUACAUGUGCCUGUACAGAAUUACGCUUGAGCAGUUCAAUGAUGUUUUGCUGCAAGAAAAUGAUCCCAGUGUCACCCUCAGUUCUCCUUUGUUUGAUUUGACUGCUUUGAACUCGAUCAUGACUGGAACGUCCAAGUCGCAGGAGAUUAACAUGGAGAAGGGCUGGUACCGUAAUGUUACCUACCUGGGAAAGGUUGGUGAUCUCCCUAUAUUGACUUUAACGUGUAGACUUUCGGAAGUUGAGGGCUUCAGAUCUGGAAAGAUUCCCUUGUGUCCCCCAGGCAAAAGUUACACAAAUAUCUUACUUAGAGGUCUGGUAGAAGGAAAACAGCUUUCUGAAGAGGAGGCAAUCGCCUAUAUUCAAGAAGCUGCAACUAAACCAUUGUGAUUGAAAUUUUCAUCCAUGUAUAUUUGUUUGUAUAUCCUCCACUGCAAUACUACUUUGGUACUGAAGGACGCAAAUCAUUCUUGGCUUUCACAGCAGAACUUUAUGGGAACAACGAAGGGCCUGUAGAUGAGAUGAAUCAUUUUGUGCCGUAAUGACUUUGUAAUGUAAACUAGUGUUGAAUGAAAUCAUACUGUUAAAUAUGUACUCUAGUAUUGAAUGAAAUCGUACUUUACUAUGAAA